CGUCGCCACCUUGAUGCUGGGGCCUGUUUUUAUUGGUUAAGUUUGAUGUGGGCGGGUUCCUCGGGAAGCUGAGGAAGGAGGCGGUGGCGGUGGCUGUUUCUGUGGCGGAGCGGGGCCGGUGACAGGAUGUUGGUGUUAGUAUUAGGAGACCUGCAUAUCCCCCACCGAUGCAACAGUCUGCCAGCUAAAUUCAAAAAACUGCUGGUGCCUGGAAAAAUUCAGCACAUCCUCUGCACUGGAAAUCUUUGCACCAAAGAAAGUUAUGACUAUCUCAAGACUCUAGCUGGAGAUGUCCACAUUGUUAGAGGAGACUUUGAUGAGAAUCUGAAUUAUCCAGAACAGAAGGUUGUGACUGUUGGGCAGUUCAAAAUUGGUUUGAUCCAUGGACAUCAAGUUAUUCCAUGGGGCGAUAUGGCCAGCUUAGCAUUGCUGCAAAGACAGUUUGAUGUGGACAUUCUCAUUUCAGGACACACACACAAAUUUGAGGCCUUUGAACAUGAAAAUAAGUUCUACAUUAAUCCAGGAUCUGCCACUGGAGCCUAUAAUGCUCUGGAAACAAAUAUCAUUCCUUCAUUUGUACUGAUGGAUAUCCAAGCUUCUACAGUUGUCACUUAUGUGUAUCAGCUAAUUGGAGAUGAUGUGAAAGUAGAACGAAUUGAAUAUAAAAAAUCCUAAAACUAGGCUAUCUUGGUGAUCUUUUUUGUUCCAUUCCUUUGUUCGAAUCAAGUAAUUAAGCAUUCAGAAGCCACAAAGUUGUGACAUUUUUAAAGUAUUAUGCAUUAAAAACUAAAAUUUUACUUGAUGAUACAUACUUUGCUGCAAGCUUAUUGUAAACUAUAUGAAUGUAUUUAGUUUAUAGGACAUGAUUUCCAAGGAAUUAACUUGUUACCACAUGGCAAAUGGAUAUAUGUUAAAAAAAAAAAGUUUAGCUCUGUAAAUAUUUUCAAUAUUAACAUUCAAGCUUUUGUUACCAACAUAGUGCACGAAUAGAAGAGUUGCAGACUGCCUCGUUGUAUACUCUAUCUUCUUCUUUAUACUGUAAUAAACACUUACCUUUCACUUA